GGGGGGUACGAACGGGAACCUCGGCGGUGCUGCCGCGGCGGGGGCUCAGGUGAGACUGCAGGCUGCAACAACUGUUGUAACAGCAGUAAACGGUGGUGUUAAUGAGUGUUUGCCCAAGGCAGGUGUGCCCUGAAAUAAAAACAGCUUUUGCAGCAAAGCCUGGCUUAAGGUAGAUCCCCUUGGAGCAGGAGGUUUGUUGGGAAACAGUUGCAGUGUCAGGGAGGAAUUAGCAGCUAAACCACAAACCUUGGGGGUUUGGGGUUCCCCGAGGAAGAUGCAGAGGGACUCCUGUGUGCCUGUGAGCUGAUCCUGGGUGUGGAAUCGUCUCUGCAUGGCCCAGUUUGGAACAGGCUGAUAAGGCUCCUUGUUUCUUAGCAACCCCAGCUCUGCCACAGCCAGAAACCUGCCCUUCUGCAGCUGGAGGGGAAAUUCUGAAUGUCUCAAAAGCAAAUCCCAAACCCAGACCUGUGUCUUUCCUGGGCAUGGAGGUGCCAUAUGUCCUUCUCCUAACACGGCUGGUGGCAGAAGUUGCCAGCAAAUCCACCCAAAACUCGGUGUCAGAACCAGAAUGUUGUGUGGAUGUGUUGGAUUCCAACAGCUCCUGUCCAGCAACCAACCAGUGCAGUCCAGGUUGUUACAGGAGAUGGAAUGAGGAUGGAAGCAGCAGCUGCAUUAAAUGCAAAAAUGAAACCCUGCCUGUUUUCUCUGUUUACAACCUGACCGAGUGCAGAACUACUGGGAGCAGAGGGAUGAAUUUCCAAAUGAACAUAAGCACUGUAACUCCUUUCCUACAGAGCAUAGGGGGCCCAGAAGUGGCAGCUUCCCUCAUCUUAGGGACAUUUUUCAUCAGUUUGUUCCUGAUUCUCUCUGUUGCUUCUUUCUUCUACCUCAAACGUGCCAAUAAACUUCCCAACAUUUUCUACAGAAGGAACAAAGCAUCUGUUCUCCAGCCUAGUGAAACAGCAUCCAUGAUACCUCCCCCAGCUUCUUCAGUUCGGAAGCCGCGAUACGUCCGCCGGGAACGGUCCCUGGUCACCUCCACGUCUGCUGCCAUCAUCUCCUCCUCUGAAACCAGGGUCAGCAAUGUCUAACCUUCCCUCCUGACAGAGGACCUUAACCAUUUGUGGUGUCAAAGAACCUUUUUCUGAACCCACUGAAGUGCCAGGAAAACGUUGCAAGCAGCUGACCCCGACCAGAAACCAAAUUCCCGUGUCCGAGGGUUUGUGCCAAACGUCCUCCCGGGGAUGAGCUGCUGGAGGUGACACCCAGUUCCAGGAACUCCUUUGCAAUGCACUAUUCCAGCUCUGUGGGCUCCUUUCUCUCCUGCAGGUGCUGUGUUUGAAACCUUUAAAGACUCUGCCUUUCUUUGGAACACUCUCUCUGUUCUGGCAAGUUCUUCUCCCUGUGUUGUGACGUGUCCCUGUGUCCCCAGGGCUGGCUGGCUCAGUGCUGCAGGCCAACCCAAAAUCCUGGGAUUACUCAAGGCUGUGGAUUUGAGGAAGGGAGCCACUUGUAGAUGGGAACACUUAAGUGCCACUCCUUUAACAAUAUAACAAUAAUUAACAUGCAGAAUCCUUUGGAAGCAAAAAAAAAUGGUGCCUGUGGAGCAUCUUCUGCCACAGCUGAGCCUGAGUUUAACUGUGACUGUGGAGCCACCUUCCUGAUCCUGCUGCUCCUGGUGCUUUGGAAGGCCAUGGUCAAUAUGGGCCCAAUCCCAAGGGUGGGAAUUUUGGGGGGAAGUUUUCUCAGCUGAUUUCAGCUCAGUGCUGUUUGCUGGGGGGUUGUAAACGAGAGGCUGCAAAGUCUGUCCCUGCUGGGACAACCUGGGAGCCCAAAAUUCCUGCAGGACAGUUGUCAGUGAGGGUUGGGAUGAGCUGGAGAGGUCAGGGGAACUUCUGCCAAUGCAAUAAAGGGGUUUCUUUGGUCGAGCCCUUCACUAACACACCUGAAAUGUUCAGGCCAGCACCUUAGGACAGAGCUCAGUGGGGAUUUCCUUGUUCCAACACCAGCCUAAACACCCCCUUUCCCACUCUGGAUUUGUUCCUGCCCUCUCCAUGUGCCUGAGGAGUCGCUCCUGCAGGGAAUUAAAGGAGCUGUAAAAUCACUUUUUUUCCCUGCCUGGCUUCUCCUUCCCAAGUUCUUUUCCUGGCAGGGGUGACUGUUACCAUGUGAACACAUCCUGGGCAUACUGGGACGGGCAGGAGAGUGGGUGACUGGGAAAUGAGGGGGAUAAAAAGAGGUUGCUGAAGUGGUGGAAGUGUCACUGUCACCUUCUGUGAGUUCUAUCUAUGCAGCCUGUGCCUCCCCACCUACCUGUGUUGCUGUUGCCUCUUUUGGUGGAGCUGCCACUCCAUUCUGGCUCUGUGCUCCUAAAAUAAAUCCUUUGGAAGCUCUUCCUCAGCAUCCCCUGGCAGGAAUGGGAACUGGAACAGUUGGUUCUCUUUUUUUGGGAAAAGGAGAACAAAAUUGCCUUGAUCUGACGUGUCACCCAUAUGGAGAGCCCAGAACUUGUGAUCCACGUUCCCUCUUCUCUGGGGUUUAAAACCUUCUUCCAAGAGGAGAACUGAGGUGGGAGCAGAUAAAUUUAUCUUAUGGCAUAGACCCAUUUUCUGGAAGUUUCAGUGCUUUUGUAUCUUCCCCUCACAGGUAAGGAGAUCCUUGUAAAAUCUACAGGGAUUAAAAAAAAAUAAUCAUUAAGAGGUUCCUGUGCCAAAACCAAACAAACAAAAAAAAAAGCCUGAAACUUCACAUUGUCUUUUGAUGAUGAUGAUAAAUAAAAUUAUUGACCUACUGGACAGGUAAUGGCAUUUUGAGAGCCGUCAGCUUUCCAUGGGAAAGGUGCUUUAUACAUUUUUAUUUGGGAUGCUCCCAAGUUCCAGAGGUUCAGGAGGUGGCACUUUUGUCUCUGUCAUUUCAAUGUCUUUUUGUCUUCGUGCUGCUGAGAUUUUCCCACAGGCAGAAAUCAUGUCUUAGAGGUCACAGAGCUUUUCCCUGAACUUAGUUGCUGAAUUUUUUCCUAAUUGCUUGGGAAAAGGAGUAACUAUGCAAAUAAUGCCAAGAAAUGCACCUUUGGAAGCAGGGAAUUUGUGCUUGUGAACCUGUCCGUGGCAGUGCUUUCUUGUGUUGCUUGGUUGCUGAUAUAUUCUUUUUACCCAGAAAUUAUUGAAGGAUCAGGUCAUUGGACUGUCUGAACCCUCUUUCUCCUCGAGUGCACGUUGUAACUUGGUUUCAUGUCGAGUGUCUAAAGCUCUCAUUCUGUUUUUCUCAGUGACAACACCUCUCUUACCCCAGGACUUUUAACUCCAGCAGAGAUUUGUACAGUUUUCUGUGUUUCAGGAACUGUUCAGCUGUUGUUGUUGCUGCCUAACCCAGUGAAUUCCUGCUCCAAACAGUUUGUUUGCACUGUCAAAUUAAAUAUAUAACGUGGUGGUUUGGUUCCCCAUCUCCCUGGAAAAUAAUAAUGCACACCCAGAUGUGUUUUAAAACAUUGGCUUUAAUGAUCCCUGAUAUUUAAUGUAUUUGUAUAUUUUUAACUG